CGAACCUGACCUAACCUAAACAUAUCAAUUUAAUAAUGACCUAUUCCUAAGCUUGCUUUCUCUGAUAUUCUAAAAUAUUCUUGAUUCCAUAAAAUGAAAUUUAUACUUUCAGUAUAUUCACUACACUUUGACAUGGAUGAUUACACGAAAGUGAUUUUACUCUGCAUCUCUCAAAUGCUAAGAUACAAAUUCAGUUUUCCUUCAGAGAUGCAGAUGUAAGCUGGGAGCCGGAACACUCCAGUGAAGGCCAUUAAAGUGACGACACACCCCGUCUACCUGCCCAGGACAGGAUGGCGCUGAUUUUCACAGGAAUGUUAGUUAUGUUGGCGGCACUGACUGUCAGCUCAGCCGAUACAUAUCAACAUUCAAGAGAUGAGAGUGUGCCACCCGUGUUGCAGGUGGAACUUAACCUUGAAGAUGUAACUGCUGUUCAACAAAGGUCUAAUGCUGAAGAGCCUCAAGGUCUUCAUUUCCUCACUACCAAUAACAUUUCAUUAGUCAUGGAAUGCAUCAAUGCCAUGAACUCUGCAAGAAAACAUGAACUUUUCUCACACCAAGUGAAAAAGGUUUUGCUUUCUUGCCAAAACAGAAAUAAUGUUGGUCAUUUACGUUCGCGACGAGCAGCAGCAGCAACAAUAACAACAACAACAACAACAACAGCAGCAACAGCUGCAGCAGCAACAGCAGCAGCAGCAGCAACAACAACAACAACAGCAGCAACAGCAGCAGCACCAGCAGGUUACCACGGGAGAGACAGAACUGCUCGAGAAGCCUCAGCGAAAGAUACCUCAAUAUCUUCCAGAAUUUUAUCCUCUCACUCACCAAGACGCCCACAAGGUCCCCCAGUAUCGUCAUCUACGCUCCAGAGACCUCGAUCAACCUUAACCAGCAGCAAAAAGGAAGACAUUUCUCGUACAGGAACAGAAACAGAGCCGACCAAAGCCAGAGCUCCAGUUGGUGCAGCACAACCCAGCCAAAACAUCGCCACUAGUUCAUACACCAGCUUGUAUGCACGAGAACACGGUGGUGGCCACAAGGGACCCGUAUAUGGGUAUAAGGGCCCGAGUUACUAUCCCGCGCCGUAUAAAGGCCCCGCGUACAGUCCCUAUGACUUUCAGCCUAAAGGGUACGCUAAGUUUAACAAGAAGGUUAAGUAUGGUGAUGAUCCGGUGAAGGAGUCUCAAAAAGCAAAAUAUCACGCGGGUUAUGAGGAUCAACCGCAAGCCUACUUUGGAGGCUUUGGUGGAGGAGGCACGGCGGGGUAUCAGAGUGGGGGAGGUGGCUAUGGUGGUGGGGGUCAUGGUGGCGGUGGUUAUGGUGGAGAUCAUGGUGGCGGUAGUUAUGGUGGGGAUCAUGGUGGCGGUGGUUAUGGUGGGGAUCAUGGUGGCGGUGGUUAUGGUGGGGAUCAUGGUGGCGGUGGUUAUGGUGGGGAUCAUAAAGGUAGCAGCUAUGGAGAUGGGGGACAUGGGGGUGGCGGCGGUUAUGGUAAUGACCAUGGGGGUGGUGGUGGUUAUGAUGGUGAUCAUGGUGGCGGUGGUUAUGGGGGUGGUGGUGAUGAUCAUGGUGGCGGUGGAUAUGAUAGUGGUGAUCAUGGUGGCGGCGGAUAUGGGGGCGGUGGUGAUGAUCAUGGUGGCGGUGGAUAUGAUGGCGGUGAUCAUGGUGGCGGUGGAUACGGCGGUGGUGAUCAUGGUGGCGGCAGUCAUGGUGGAGGUGGCUAUGGUGACGAUCAUGGUGGCGGGCAUGGUAAGAUAAACUAUCAACAUAGUGUCCAAUACUACGAAUCAGACAACAAGACUCCUACCACAGGUCACAAAGAACCAACCUCUGUUUACACUGAAGGAUCACCAUCUUACGCCUAUAAACCUACAAUGGGGACUGAUUAUAAAGCACCAACAUACGAAGCCUUAACGCAAAAUUAUAAUGCACCGAGUUACGAAACUCAAAUACAAAGCUAUAAUUCUCCAAAACCGAGUUAUGGUACUCCAAAACCAAGCUAUGAGGCUCCAAAAUCAGGAUAUACAGCCUCUCCGGCGAACUACAAGGCUCCAUCAACAGGGUACAGUGUUCCCUCAGCAGCCUACAUAUCACCUCCAGCUUCGUACAAGCCCAAAGGACCCCAAAUUGAAUACGAAGUCCUUGAUGACCCCUAUAAUACCUACAACCCUAAGGAUGACGUAAAUUUAUCGAGAGAGAACUCACACAGAAGACAGUCAUCUGUAGCAGGAGGAAUUCCACUUAGAAAGCGUCCUGACACUGGAAUCAUAGACACUCCUGGAGCCAUUGGCACUACUGUCUUCAAGCAGUCAAAAAACAACGUGAAUGGUAAUAAAGGUAGAACAGAAGCAGUUGCAGUUGUCAACUCCCCUGGCAAUGAUCCCCCGAAAAACCUAAACGCCUUUGCUAAUUUAUUUGCUGAUUUCGAUAAUGUUUUUGAGGAGCGACUUCGAGCAGACAGACCGCAAGGAACGUCUUAAAAUUUGAAAUAUUUCGCGAAAAUUAAUUCAGCAAACUAAUAACCAAAGAUUAUCGCCUUAAGAAAUUUGUACUGUAAAGACAACUACAGAAUGAGAGCGUCAGUUUGGUGUAAUUUAGGAUGAAGCCUCGAUUACACUCGCUAAAGGUCAAAAAGGCAGCAUGUAAAUUGAAAAAUAAGACACAUGGGCAACAGUUCGGUAUCUUUAUUCCGAAACGUUUCGCCUACACAGUAGGCUUCUUCAGUCGAGCACAG